AUGGCUAAAGUAUGGCGUGAAUAUUUUAACGAAAACGAUGUUGGAACAUGGUCGAUUUUCCAUUUCCAACAAAAUUGGGAACGUAUUCAUCGUAUUCAUGAAGGAGAUUAUAAACAGUUUAAUUACGAAAAGACAACUGACGCGCUUAACAAAAGUCUUUGCGCGAUUAUUAAUAAAAGUUUAGAUACCAAGAAAAUAAAGAAAACUAAUAGCCUUUUGACCUAUUCUUCAGGUCUAUAUUUUAUGUCCUCCCGAACUAUUGAUAAAAAAUCAAUUGACACAUCUGCCUCAAAGAAGUCGAUCAAGCAUAAUGAUAAUAAAGCAGAAGGAUCUGCGAGUUAUGUGAAAGAUACGUUAACAUCAUCAUCUCUGGAAAUGGUAGCUGGAACGGAAAGUGCGGGAUCUAAUAGAGAUGUCAAUAGCUCCGGGUAUAAUAGAGCAUGUACUACAUCUCAUCAAAUAGACUUGGGAAAGGAAGAUGAUGACCAACCUCUUUGA